AAACUGUGCAAUCUGAGGAGUGCAAAUGUUAAACCUCAACAUGAGCUGGACCUACUGUGUCGUCUGGCUUCUCUGUGUGUUGAUCAGUGAGGGUCUGUCCCUCACUGAUCCAGAGCCAGUUCUGUUCGGGGAGAUCCAGUCUCCGCUGUACCCUGGGUCCUACCCCCCAAACCUGAGGCAGAGGUGGGACCUCAGUGUCCCAGAGGGGUACAGGGUCAGCCUCACCUUCACUCACCUGGACCUGGAGCCCUCUGCCGGCUGCCACUACGACUCAGUCACGGUUCUGUACAAAGAGAAAAUUCUGGGCAGGUUUUGUGGGCAAGAGAAUUCUGCUGACGGGCAUCACCCCGGACAUGGUCCAAUCCUGUCUCCAGGCAACAUCCUCACCGUCCUGAUGCAAACAGACGACAACAACCCAGAACUCCACCAAAACAUCGGCUUCUCCGCUCACUACCAGGCCAUAGACAUAGACGAGUGUUCAGAUCCUGUGUUAAAUGCUGAAGCCCCGGUAUGUUCACAAAUUUGUUUGAACACCCUUGGGUCCUACCUCUGCUCCUGUCACCAUGGAUACGAGCUACACUCAGACGAGCGCACCUGUCUCUUGUCGUGCCUCGGUGGUAUAUUUGAUGAACCCCAGGGACACCUGUCUAGUCCAGGAUACCCCCGUGCCCCCCAUCAUGGAGUUUCCUGUCAGUACGUCAUCUCUGUGGAACCCGGGUUCAAACUCACCCUCAAAUUCGCCGACUAUUUCCACAUAGAGAGUAUGGAGACAGAGGAAGGCCUGAGCUGCCCCUAUCACUGGCUCGAGGUGACAGUGGAAAAUGAGAAUCCGGUGAAGCUUUGUGGAAGUAAGAGUCCAGGUGUGAUGGCUCUGAACGCGAGCACCGUCAAACUGGAUUAUUACAUCGACGACAAAGGCCUGAGCAACGGCUGGAGCCUGGACUACACUACAGAGAGAGUGAAGUGUGCUCCUCCUGGUACUGUCCCAAGAGGCCGGGUUACUCCUACUUUGGAUCAGUAUUUCUACCGAGACUACAUCUUUGUGAGGUGUCAAACAGGAUACAAGCUGAUGAUGAAUGGGCAUGAAAUUGAGAGCUUCCAUGCGAUGUGCCAGAGCGAUGGACAGUGGCACUCACCACUUCCAGAAUGUCACAUUAUCAACUGUGGAGAGCCCGAGCCCCUGUUAAAUGGAGGCACGACUUUUGUCUCUGGUGAAAGGAAUGAGUACCGCUCUGUUGUGCUGUAUCACUGUAAUGAGCCGUAUUACUCUCUGACGGGAUCUGUGAAUGUAAGUUUCAGUUGUGAAGCAGACCGAAAAUGGAGAGCUAUUGACAACGCUGAACUGAAACCGAUUUGCAUACCAGUCUGUGGAAAGCCCCAAGUGCGUUUCCGAGACUUCCAGAGGAUCAUUGGAGGAGAGGCAGCUCCACACGGCAGUAUCCCGUGGCAGGUCCGACUGUCCUCACCUGAGAUUAGACGUGGAGGGGGUAUGCUCAUCUCCGACCAGUGGGUCCUGACAGCAGCUCACGUCCUCUGUCCAAAUACAUGUCCUGUGAACACACCGCCCAUACCACACAACACUCUGAAGCUCUUUUGGGGAUCAAAUACUGUGGAGGAAGUUCCAAACGCAUUUGCUGCUUCUCUUUAUUUACAUCCUGGAUACAAUAACUUUGACAGGUUGCACCCUGACAAUGACAUUGCCCUGAUAAAACUCCCACAACCCAUCACAUUUAACCAGUAUGUGAUGCCAAUUUGUCUACCUUCUAACAUACACAGCCUUAGAGACGGUGAUACUGGAGUGGUAUCAGGAUAUGGCCUCACAAAGAAUGAGCAUGGAGGUUUGGCUUCAUCAGAUAACCUCAAAUAUGUGCGCCUCCCAGCGGUGAAUCCACGAAAAUGCACCGAAUCGCUGGAGAAGUACAAAAGAAAACACCCAACACAAUCAAUCCCAGAAGAAUCUUCCAACAUGUUCUGCGCAGGAUUCUCAGAUGGAAAACAGGACUCGUGCCAAGGGGACAGCGGAGGACCCUUUGCCUUCUGGAAGACAGACCACUACUGGGUGGCAGGGAUCGUCAGCUGGGGCAUUGGCUGUGCAGAGGAAGGCACUUAUGGGUUCUAUACCCGAGUUCAAAACUAUGUGGACUGGAUCAACCAAACUAUGAAUGAGAAUUAAGUUGAGAUGUUACCCAUAUAAAUCAUUACCAAUAAAAGUUCAAUAAGCCA